UUCCGACCUCUCCUCAAUGGUUGAAGGUUCAUUGCGGUGACUCUUUGACGUUAGUCCUCUGCUACCACUGCCCGGUUCAACGUUUCAGCUACAAUGUCUGGCCGUGUUCUCGUUGGAGUUAAGCGGGUCAUUGACUACGCAGUUAAGAUUCGCGUGAAGCCGGACAACAGUAGUGUGGUGACGGAUGGCGUUAAGCACUCAAUGAACCCCUUCUGUGAGAUCGCUGUGGAGGAGGCGGUCAAGCUGAAGGAGAAGAAGCUUAUUAAAGAGGUUGUAGCUGUCAGCUGCGGGCCACAGCAAGUACAGGAGACGAUCCGCACCGCCCUCGCCAUGGGAGCAGACCGUGGCAUUCAUGUGGAAGUGUCUGGGAAAGAUUAUGAAAACUUGGGACCGCUGCAGGUCUCCAAAAUCAUGGCUGCAUUGGCCAAGAAGGAGGAGGCUCAACUCGUCAUCCUUGGCAAACAGGCUAUUGAUGAUGACUGCAAUCAGACUGGCCAGAUGACAGCGGCAUUACUGGACUGGCCUCAGGGUACCUUUGCAUCAGAGGUGUCAUUGGAAGGAGACAAGGUUAAAGUGGUGAGAGAAAUCGAUGGUGGCCUGGAAACUAUUAAGAUCAACACACCAGCAGUGAUUACCGCAGACCUUCGACUCAACACCCCCAGAUAUGCCACCCUGCCCAAUAUCAUGAAAGCCAAGAAAAAGAAGAUAGCUAACGUAAAGCCUGCAGACUUAGGGGUGGACAUAACUUCACGGUUGGAGGUGUUGAGAGUGGAUGAACCCCCACAGAGACAGGCGGGGAUGAAGGUGGAGACAGUGGACGACCUGGUGGGCAAACUGAAGGAGGCAGGGAUGGUAUAGAGGCUUCAGAAGCAUAAGCAGAGUGCAGAACUUGGCAGAAGGGACUCUCUAAUGAAUUACUGGACUGUAUUACAAAAGCACAUCCGGAGGACUAGCUUAUGUAUCGGUCUAAUCCCUCUGUUUAAGACUGACUCCUGAGGAUAUGCAGGGAGGUACCGACAAGAGAGGAGGACUACUGAGAAACACUGUCCUGCAGCAGACCCAGACAGCCCCCAAAAGGAUCAUCUUGUCUUUCAUGUGCAUUUUAACUUACGCAGGUGGUUCAUCUGUAUCACAGGCUGCUAAUCUUAUUGUAGACGAGUAGUCUUUAUGCAAUAAUUUAAACCCAGAAACUUCCUGUCAUUGAUAAUACUGUUUGUGUUGCACUGUACAUUAACACCACCAGUACGAUGCAUUUCACCAACACUAGCUCGGCUCGGCUGUUUAAUCUUGUAUAUCUGUAGUCACACAUGUUUAAGAGGUGCAGUUUUUGUAAAUGAUGUAAAUAUGGACCUGAACAUGUUGAAAUGAUUAUGGCCUUCAAGAUUAGUGUCAAGUCUGCUGGUAAUUUGUAUAGUUUGUGUAGUUGUAACUGGGUUUCUGGACUGCCUAGACAGUGUCUCUCAGUAUGAGCAACAGAAGAUGAUCAUAAAUCUGAAUUUUACCACAAGCGCCUCAAUUCUCUGUUAAUUGUACAGAACAUUACCAUGACAAUAAAGCAGCCAGUCUUUUUCAUAUCUAAAUA